GCCUGCUGUGGUCUCUGGCUCCGGGAGGAUGGACGGUGUGUCGUUGGGAGAUGAACCAUGAAGUUGUCUGUCUAACUGUUGGGUCACCAUCUAUCUCCAAUGAUCCAGACACUGCCUCUCAUGUCUUACCAGUCUGGUGGCCACGCCGGCCUCACAGCGUCCAAACUGCACCACGGACUCGGAGGAGGACACCGUGAAUGGAGGGAUGCACACCUUCAACCAGACGCACAUGAGGAAAGCUUUCCAGCUAAUGAAUGACCUGAGGAGUAAAAAGAUGCUGUGUGAUGUCCAGCUGAUUGCAGGGAAUGUUGAAGUGCCAGCUCACAGGGUGGUCCUGGCGUCCUGUAGCCCCUACUUCUGUGCCAUGUUCACAGGUGACAUGAGUGAGAGCAAGGCCCAUCAGGUGGAGAUCAGAGAGGUGGACGGUCAGACCCUGAGAAAACUGGUGGAUUACAUCUACACAGCUGAGAUUGAGGUCACAGAGGACAACGUCCAGGUUCUGCUGCCAGCAGCGAGUCUCCUCCAGCUGAUGGAUGUUCGUCAGGUUUGUUGCGAGUUCUUGCAGUCUCAGCUUCACCCCACCAACUGUCUGGGCAUCAGAGCCUUUGCUGACCUGCACACAUGCACACAGCUUCUCAACCAGGCCCACGCAUACGCUGAGCAGCACUUCACAGAGGUGGUGCAGGGUGAGGAGUUUCUAGGCCUGACUCUGCAGCAAGUGUGCAGCCUCAUCUCCAGUGACAAACUGACAGUCUCCACGGAGGAGAAGGUGUUUGAGGCUAUGAUAGCUUGGAUCAAGCACGAUAAGCCCGCUCGUCUGGAGUACAUGCCCAAACUGAUGGAGCAUGUCAGACUUCCACUACUGUCCAGGGAUUACCUGGUACAGAUUGUGGAGGAAGAGGCUUUGAUAAAGAACAACAACACCUGUAAAGACUUUCUUAUAGAGGCAAUGAAGUAUCACCUGCUGCCAGCCGACCAGCGGCACCUCAUCAAGACAGACAGAACCCGACCGAGAACACCUAUCAGUAUCCCCAAGGUGAUGAUUGUAGUCGGCGGUCAGGCCCCUAAGGCGAUCCGCAGUGUGGAGUGUUACGACUUCCAGGAAGACCGUUGGUACCAAGUAGCUGACCUUCCUUCAAGACGCUGCAGGGCAGGUGUUGUCUCCAUGGCGGGCCGUGUGUAUGCAGUUGGGGGGUUCAACAGUUCACUGCGGGAGCGGACGGUGGACGUGUACGACGGAGCGAGAGACCAGUGGAGCGCGGUGGCGAGUAUGCAGGAGAGACGCAGUACACUGGGAGCUUCUGUGUUGGGGGAUUUACUGUACGCUGUUGGGGGCUUUAACGGAAGUAUAGGUUUGUCGACAGUAGAAUCCUACAAUUAUAAAACCAAUGAGUGGAUCUAUGUAGCCUCCAUGAACACCCGACGCAGCAGUGUGGGUGUAGGGGUGGUCGAUGGUAAAUUGUAUGCAGUAGGGGGCUACGAUGGAGCAUCCCGUCAGUGUCUCAGUACAGUGGAAGAAUACGACCCUGUCACUGAUCAGUGGUGCUACGUAGCUGACAUGAGCACGCGGCGCAGUGGAGCAGGUGUGGGCGUGUUGGGCGGUCAGCUGUAUGCGGCGGGAGGACAUGACGGACCUCUAGUGAGGAAGAGUGUUGAGGUUUACGACCCACAGACCAACACCUGGAGGCUGGUCUGUGACAUGAACAUGUGCAGAAGAAAUGCAGGUGUCUGUUCCAUUAACGGACUGCUGUAUGUGAUUGGAGGAGACGACGGGUCCUGUAACCUCUCCUCCGUAGAGUUUUACAACCCGGCCACAGACAAGUGGAGCCUCAUUCCCACCAACAUGAGCAACGGACGCAGCUAUGCCGGAGUUGCAGUGAUCGACAAGCCAUUAUGACCACAGGCGUCGCCCGGCAUCAGCUACGGCAGCCAGUUUUCACAGAGACUCACAAUAACGUCUGAAGCUCGCCAGGCAAACAGAGAAGUAAGGCCUGCGAUAAACUUUGUCCGAAGUUCGGUCCUCAGAUGUCACAAUCCCGGAUGGAUCUCGACGAGGGGGAAGGGGGGUUUGGCGCUAACCCACAACCUGAUUUUUGUCGCGAUCUCCAAGCCAUUUCCAUUACAGCCCUGUGAGUUCCUGACUUUUAACGACAAUGUUGCACUGGAUAAGAAGCAGUAGCCCCAGGAGAGCAGGCUUAUAAGAACUCUGUCUUAGUGAGAAUUUUUUUCAAAUGCCAAGCACACAACAAGCAGCUGUAUCAGCUGACGUAAGACUCACUCAGACGCUGUUGCUGGAAAGACUUACUGUCAGGAAUGAACUGACGUCGAUGGGCCAAAUGAAGUGAAGUGCUUUAGCUGCUCGAUGGUGUAAAGGUGGCGUUCAUGUGAUGGAUCGUGUCAAACCUAGGGAACUGAAUAAUUUGAAACACCAGCUGACAGAAACAUCAGCUCGGUCAACUGACUGCACAAACCUCGCCGUUUGCUAAAUUUCGGUCACUCUGCUUACAGCGUUUUUGGUGUUGCUGCAAAUAAUCGGGAAAGGCCUGUGAGUGGCUGUUGAAGGAUCAUUGCUUGCCCACGAGACUUGCUACAGUUCCUUGAAUAUAAAUCAGCUUAUGGCAACUAUUUGCUCAGCUUGAUUUUUAAGAAAUGUACCAAGUUGAUUGCUUCCCGUGCCCAUCUUCAGCAGCUCCGGCUGCUGAACUAAAUGAAGACCAGCUUUGCAGAGAGCUGCUCUGCUGUCAACAAAAGCCCACAGUUGCCGGAGAGUAUUUGUUCUCAACCCACAGACCUAGAGAGCUGCGAGAUAAUUUAAAGAAUGUUGAACACAUCUUAUAUGCAAAUUAGUGUCAUAUUUAAAUAUUUUUGACAUUGUUUUCAAAGAGGUUGAGAACCACUUCUGUGGCUUCAGACCCCAGGUCAGUUGAUCCGAUUCGACACAGCAGGACUCGAUUCUUUGUCGACACACUACUGAUGCACUGAACACUUGCACUGACUGUUACAGACCGGCUGGCUGGCUUGUUGGCUGACUCACUGAUUGUCCGGUCGGAUGUCUGCCUGUCUUUCUGACUGACCAACUGGAUCACCGGCCUGCUGUGAGACUGUCUCCAUUACUGAUCGUACUCAUGGGAGUAUUUAAACUCAACGCUUAAAGGCCACUAAUUUCAUCAGAAAUUAUUAAAAAAAAAAAAAAAAAAAAAAAAGUGCCAGUUAUAAUGAUCAGAAUCAGAAUAAUGCUGGAGAUGUUUUUAUCACUUAGUAACAAACUGAAAUGAUUAAUUAAUUAUUUCUGUUCAUUGUCCGAGGCGUCAAAGUGCACUGUUGAAAUUCAGCUGUAAAAUUAUAAUGUAAAAGAUGCAGGUUCAAGAUUUUCUAUUUAUUGUUUGGUUCAGUUGAUUACACAAGCAUUUAUUCAUAUCAAA